UGAGCCCUUAUAAAUACCCACAACCUCUCUAUAACACAAGCAAUAAGUCUCGUAAAAAAGCCGCACAAUUAACACGGAGUGUCUCGCCUGUCGUGUAUAGAUUUUCUCUGACCGCUUUCGUUUGCCAGCUGCCCUCUUUACAGGACAGGGAAAAUAGCAGUGGAAUACAAACGGGGAUCUCUGACUGCACGGCUCGGGCUCAAACCAACAUGGCCCCCUCGGCUCGACCCAGCAAGAACGGACUUGGCAUGGAUGAGGAUGACUACUACGGGAUUAAUAAAGGGGACCGAAAGGCAAGAAAACCUUUGGUGGAGAAGAAGAGGCGUGCUCGUAUCAAUGAGAGUUUGCAAGAGCUCCGGACCUUGCUCGCUGACACCGACCUGCAGUUAAAGAUGGAGAACGCAGAGGUUCUGGAGAUGACGGUGAAAAAAGUGGAGCACAUUCUCAAGAAUCGUACCCAAGAGACAGACACUAUGAACCGGGAGGCCAGUGAGAGGUUUGCAGCAGGCUACAUCCAGUGCAUGCAUGAGGUACAUAUGUUUGUGUCCAACUGUCCCGGAAUUGACGCCACGGUUGCGGCGGAGCUACUUAAUCAUCUGCUAGAGUGUAUGCCCUUGAACGAGGACCACUUCCAGGACAUGCUUUUGGAUUUAAUGUCGGACACUUCCAGCAACAACGGCAGCACUUGGCCUUCCGGCGAGGCGCUGUGCGCGGCCCUAGCCUCCCCCGGUGGCAGGAGUAUAUCCAGCGGUUCCUCCUCCGCUCUCUCCCCCGCCCCCUCCACCACCUCUUGCGAGGACCUGUGCUCUGACCUGGACGAGACAGACAGCGAGCACAACCAAAGCUCAACCGACGCACUGGAGAAUCAAGAGGCCCGAAACAUGCCCACUAUCGCGUACUCCAAAUCAAUGUGGAGGCCCUGGUAGUGGCCCAUACUAUAAUCAACUGCACUGCCUUUGGGAUUUAUUAGAAUAGUUUGGAGUCUACCUGCCCCAGGUUGUGACAUUCUAUGGGUUACCUUGGUAAGCGCAUGUGACACCGGAAAUGUCCUCUCUACUGCGCAAUGGAGAACAUCUCAAGUUUGUUUUUGUAAAUAUCUCGAGACGAUUUGCAUAAGAAAAAGCUCUUUUAAAUCUAUUUUUUCUCCCACUGAAUAUUAUUUCUGAAAAAAGACCCCUGAGCGUGUAGUUUAGUUGUCCUGUAAUUUCCUGAAAGAGAAUAACUUACACUCCCCAACAACGUGACGCUGUAACAAUGUGUAGAAUGUUUUGUCAAAAAAUGUCAAUUUGAUUA